UCUCGAGACCACCCGCCGCAACCACUACGAGAAUUCUACGGCAGAAUCCUCCCCAACAAGGAACUGCCUGUCUCGGGAGAAGUCCCUGAUUCUUGGGCCCUGAUUACUACACGACUACAGGCGCCCAGCCAUCACUCCGCCGACCGGACCCGGAAUCAAUCAACAUCAACAAUCAUGCCCAUCCUGCUUGCGACACCUUAGCAACAGCAGCCUGGGCCCAGCUACAGCACAAGCCGGCACAAUGUCGUCGUCGUCAAAACGCCACUCCAUCCUCCCGCCCGUCGCACAGGCCGGCCCGAAGGCCCCCGUCCGUUUCUCCAGCUCCCUCGUCAUCGCCGACUCGGCCAUCCUCACGGGCGCCCACAUGAUCCAGCUGCGGACCGAGAGCCUCGUCCACCCGCGCGCCAAGAUCGAGUCCCUCGCCGGGGCCGUCGACAUCGGCAAGCGCUGCGUCGUGCACGAGCGGACAGUUGUCGGCGCGGCCCCUGCUGGAGGCGCCGCAAAGGCCGGCGGCAACGGGGCUGCUGCUGUUACCAUCAUGGAUUACUGCACCGUUGAGUGUGGCUCGACUGUCGAGGCGGGAGGCACCGUCAUCGGAGAGGGCACGAUAGUUGGCGUCGGCAGCCGGGUAGGCAGCGGUGCUGUUGUUGGGAAGUACUGCACACUCUCGCCGCGCACGACGAUCGCCCCUGGCGAGACCGUCCCGGACUACACCGUCGUCUUCUCGAACGGCCUGCACCGGCGCGACAAGCGCGACGUGGCCGACAUCCGCACCAGGGCGCAGGCGAGGCAGCUCGAGGUCCUGCGGAAGCUGAUCCCGAGCAACCCGGCAAAGUUCCAGUGAGCCAGCCACUGAACCCGGCAAAGUUCCAGUGAGACAAGAGCCAGGACGACUCGCGUGCGGCGGGACGUUGCUACAUGGCAACCGGCACAAAUACAUGUCUGCAAGCCGACGAGCGACGCGACGGGGCUCACGACGGUGCACGCCGUUGGUCAGACCCGCAAAGCCCUUCAACCAAUCUGCGCUAGCCUUUGUGCUGUGUGUCUGCGCCAGAGGGCCGUUUGACAGCGAUUCGAUAUUCCACCCAUCCAAUCACCAAGGGAUGAGAGCUGUCGACCGAGACAUAAAAGAGGAUAUUCGACUGUGUACGUGGAUCCGCCUGGCUUGUUCGAACGAGCACCGGGGUCUCCACAGUAGCGCUCGUCGCUCGUUUGGGCCCUGGCAGGGAACGGAUACAUUCUCCGGAGCUUUCACCAGAUGGUCGGCGGUGACCCGAGCGACUGGACAUGGCGACUCUUAUCACGUGCAGAGUCGUACACGAGUUGUGAGCGUGCGACUUGACCACUAAAUUCGUUGGCGCGCCCGCAGUUCAGAAGACACUGUGACCCGACAUGAAGCUUAACCUUCCAAAGGACAGGAUCGUGCAGACGCUGUCGGAGGCCACUUCUGCGCAUCAGGCCGAGGACUCGACGGACGAGUACCCGGGGAAGGAGUAACGCCCUCUGGAGAGUCUGUUCACGAAGUCAUCAACCAGCCCUGCUGAGAGACUCGCCACGAGCCAGAUCAUAUGGGGGCGACCAUCUAGAGGGAGAUUGGGUCUCCUGUUUCUAUGACGAAGAGGCCGCCAAGGUUGGGAUGUCUUGUGGAGGCACGGUUAUAGCCAACGCUGGAUGGUCGUGAGCGUUGAUGUGUACGUACAGUACAGGCUUCUCGUCUCGCCGUCCAGGAUAAUCUCCGGGUGUGAGAGCCGUCCUGGAGUGCACGGUAUAUCCGGCUGGGAAGUACGAGCAGACAAUGGAGAUCCCAUUCCACUACACGACCCAUGAUUGGAAUAUAAGUGCUGGCACCACAUUGUCACAUGUGGAACGAAAAAAAAAAAACGUCCCAGGGAUUCUGGUGAUCACUGCUGGCCAAGUGGACAUCGUCACAAUAUGCCGUAACCUACCCGCCCAUCCAUCCCCAGAGAGCAGCGGAACCGCCCACCGUCUCGCCUCGCCUCACCGAUCCAAUCCGAUCCGAUCCUCACGCCCCCGCGCCAACAACCCACUCCAACCCCCCAGCAACAUGCCGGAUGAAAUACUCCUCGCCAUACGUCUCGACCGUGUGCCCCUGGCCCGUGUACCACGCCCUCGCCCUUCCCUCAAAGGCAUGGUGGCACCACGAGAUCGGGUGCGUGGGCCUCAUGCGCAGGUACGCCGGGGUGAUGUCGUCGAUGUAGGUCUCGUCCAGCGUGGCGAGGACGGUGUAGUUGCUGCUGUCUGAUCCCACGUUGUCCCUGUACGAGUACCACUCGUCCGUGCGGCUGUGGCGCGUGGGGAGGCCUGCUGUGGACGGGUGGUUUGGAUCUUGGAUUGUUAUUGUGUCGGGGCGGAUGUUGCCGCCUUUUUUUUUUGUUGUUUUCGUUGGAUUAGUGUUUGUGUUUUGUGACCGGUUGAUGACCCUGUGUGGAAGGGGGUUGUUUUACCUGGGGGGUAGCGCUCUCUCUGCGCGUCGCUGCAUGUCCAGUCCGGGGAGCAUGGGUGGAACUUGAACUGCGUUUUUAACAAAGUCAAGUUCUGGGACGUUUAUUCUUCUGCGACGGGUCUCGUGAUAUGCGAUGGGUUCAAUAGAGUCUACUCACCUGGGACCCGACCAGGGUGGUAUACCAGGGCGGCGUGUUGUUCCCAAAGUCGGCAGCUUAUGUUUAAAAUUGUUCAGCAAACGGUUUAAAAAUGCGAAAGUCCACUUGGAGCAGUGCAUUAAAAAAAAAGGGAAGGGGGAAGGGGGUAGGGGACAAGGAACAACAACGAACCUGCGUGAAUACCAAGCCAAGAACCACCGUUGACGAGGAACUCGUACAGCCCGUCAAACUCGGGCCCGGAGAGGAAAUCGCCAGUGGUGUGGAGGAACGCCAGCGUCGUGUAGUUGUCGAGCGCCCCCGGGGCGGUGAAGACCGACGAGUCCUCCGUUGCCGCGACCGGCCACUGGUUCUUGUUGGCGAUGGAGGUGACGAGGUCGAUGGCGUUGGGGAUGCUGUGAGAAUUUGAAUUCGUAUUUGAUGUAAUAUUGGGACGUUUGAUAUCACAAUAGAAGUGGGGGGGGGGGCGGGGCUUGGGAACGUGUUGGGUUGGGUAAUGACAAAGGUUCUGCUUGCCUGGCGUGGCGGAACCCCGCCGUCUUGGUGAAGAUCAGGAUGCUUGGUGUGGAGGAUAUAGUUGCUGUGACCAAGUAAGUCAGUGGGAGGGAAGACGUGAUGCCUAGGCAGUCUAUGGUGAAUACGAA